CUCUCUCUCUCUCUUUGUCUCUCCCUUCUCUUUGCGCACAACGUUUUUCUCUAACGUCACGAUCCGCCUUCUUUCUCUCCUCGCUUUCUCCCAGUUUCGUACGCACUCUCCGUCUCCGUAUUUUCCUGCUCAUUUCCCAUGACUCGUGCCAUUCUACACGACCGACGAGUCGACGCGACAGGAGCGAAUGUUCGAGGCUGAAUUUUCCCCUCCCCGAAGGAAAAACCGUGAACGCGGCAAUGUUGGAUUUUUUGCUACGGACUUGAUCCAGAGCCGUGCAUCGACCACCUUCGUGCCGAGGUCGUGCGUGACAGCGGCGAGGAGUAACGGUAACGAGGGACGUCGACAUCUCGGAAUUUCGUCGGCAGCGACGAAACGACGGGCGACGGACGAGGCAAUGAUCGCGCAGACGAGGAGAUUGCGUCAAUGUCAACGAAGUCGUCUGUCCUAAAGUAUUCGUCGAGGAAACGAAGUGCCAAAGAAAACUGUGGAGAACUACUAGCCGUAAGAGAAAGGUGGAAACCCGCGGGACAAAGAGGCCGACCGACGACGAGGGAAGAGGGAGGAAGAGGAGACUCGGGUGAGGAUCGAAAAGAAGAAAGGGCGAGAGGGUGGAGGUGGAGGGGGGAGGGGGGAAGAAUGAGAAACAAGGCCCCGCGAGAGAAAGAAGGAUCGCGAAGGUAGGCGGAAGACGUGGGAUCGGGCUGGAUCCGGGUCGAUCGGUGGUGGUGAUGGUCUCGGGGUGGUGCCCGUGCGUGCCGAUCGGCCGCCGGGAAUCACCGGCCCAGCAGCAGUCGGCAGCCUCCUCGUCGAGGAGCUUCGGAACCGACGGUGCGCCGUUCACCGUCAGCGCGGCCACCGAUCGCGCAGAGAUGGUCCAGAUGUUUUAUUACGAGAACCGCGGCAAAUGCUGCAAGAAGCUUCUCCGAUACAACGGAUACCCGAACAAGGUGCUUCUGUUUCCGGAGGAAGGCUGGGCGAGAAGCGCGAGCAGUUCCUACUGGACUUUGACGCCGUUCUGGUGGAGUCGAAGUCGAUGCAAGGUAGUCGAAGUUGCUGGAACCAGGAGUUGUACCUGACGUCGAACGUGUCGUCCAGCGACUUCAACAUGGGUUACAGCAUGACCGGCACGCUGGAGCGCGGCUGCAAGAAGACCAACACCUUUCAGAUGACUCACUUCGCGGUGAUUCGUCGACGAGACUACGAAAAGGCCUACGAGGACUCGAAUCCCACCUAGUGCCCGUCCACACCCACGCUGUCCGAGUGUGGGAACUGCGAACACUACGCGUAAAAGGAAAGGAAAGGAAAGGGAUGUUGACGAAAUCACGCGCACACCGAUUCCCUUCUGAUUUAUUUUCAAAUCCGGGACGAAAAGGGUUCCUCGGGGGAGGAAGAAAGGAAGGAAGGGUCUCUCGCGGAUCGGUCCGCUCGAUCCGCUCGAAAUUCGCGAAGAAAAUAGAAGAAAGGAGAAAGCGAGCGAUCGAAUUCGCGAAUACGAGAACGAAAUCAAAGAGAAACCGAAAAGGCGAUCAGGUAGAAGCCAACACACGUCCAAUGGUAGUGUUUAAAUUUUAGGUCGGGAAGUUAAGUAGUUUUUAACGAAACAGUAGUGGCGGGGAAAACGAUGUACGGAGUAAAAAAAGAAAAAAAGAAAAAAA